UCUGGUGGGGCCGCACCUCGAGUGCUGUGCUCAGCUGCAGGCCCUUCACUGCCACACAGACAUCUGGAGCGUGUCCAGAAUGGGGCAACGGGGCUGUGAGGGGUCUGAGCACAGUGGGGACUGAUGGGGAGCAGCUGAGGGAACUGGGAUGGUUCAGUCUGGAGAAGAUGAGGCUCAGGGGAGACCUUAUUGCUGUCUGCAACUCCCUGAAGGAGGCUGUGUGAGGUGGAGAUCAGUCUCUGCUCCCAGGUAACAGUGAUAGAAGGAAAGGUGAUGGCUUUAAGUUGUGCCAGGGGAGGCUGACGUUGGAAAUUAGAACUUAUUCUCAGAAGGAGUGUUGAUGCAGUGGCACAGACUGCUCAGAGAGGUGGUGGAGUCACCAUCCCUGGAAGUGUUCAAGAAAUGUGGAGAUGUGGCACUGAUGGACACUGAUGUGGUCAGUGGUCAGUACUGGUGGUAGGAGGAUGAUUGGACUUGGUGGUCUUAGAGCUCUUUUCCAACCUUAAUGAUUCUAUGGUUCUCCCCCUACCCCACGCAGGCUAUGGGCACGCUGCCCCAGGCACAGAUGCUGGCAAGGUGUUCUGCAUGUUCUACGCCAUCCUGGGCAUCCCCCUGACGCUGGUCAUGUUCCAGAGCCUGGGUGAGCGCAUGAACACCGUCGUGCGGCUCCUGCUCAAGAAGAUCAAGAAGUGUCUGGGCAUGAGAACAACCAACGUCUCCAUGGAGAACAUGGUCUUGGUGGGCUUUCUGUCCUGCAUGGGGACCCUGUGCAUCGGGGCUGCGGCCUUCUCUUAUUUUGAGGGCUGGACUUUCUUCCAUGCCUACUACUACUGCUUCAUCACCUUGACCACCAUCGGCUUCGGAGACUUUGUGGCCCUGCAGAAGAACGAGGCGCUGCAGAAGAAGCCGCCCUACGUGGCGUUCAGCUUCAUGUACAUCCUGGUGGGGCUGACGGUCAUCGGUGCCUUCCUCAACCUGGUGGUGCUGCGCUUCCUCACCAUGAACUCGGAAGACGAGCGGCGCGACGCCGAGGAGAGGGCUUCGCUCAGGAGGGCCCGCAACGCCAUCCACCUCACAGCCAAGGAGGACGGGCGCAGUAACAAGGCCAUCUUUCUGCCGGCGGAGGACAGGACGAGCCAGAUGAACCUGAUCCCGCUGGUGCAGGAGGACGCGGAGCGGCAGCGGCGGCAGUCGGCCAACGGGGAGGGCAAAGUGCCGGCCUUCUGCACCUGCCUGUGCUACCAGGCCCCGCUGUGCGGCAGCCCUGCGCCCUCCCACCCCGAGACCUUGAGCUGCCACACCAACCCCGUCUACUACAACUCCAUUUCCUACAAAAUUGACGAGGUGUCGCUGAGCACACGAGGACAGACUGGCUCGUCCCCGGCCAGCACGUUGUCAUCGGGCAGCGCUCGGUGCCCGCGGCACCCGCGGCCACGCAGGAAAUCCAUCUAGGAGCCUUGCUGUGCUGAUGAACAAUUAACAGAGGAAUCAGGCCCCUCUGACCUCCCGUUUCUUCUGUUCCUCCCUCCCAGCUGGCAACCAGCCCUAUAUGGGGGACCUUGGGCCUGGAGAUGGCAUCGCUCCUCCAGCAGGGUGCCAGCCUCAAUUACACAGUUUGGUUUUCCUUCCUCCCAAGCAGGCUCAAGCAUUUGGGUCUGGAAGGGGCCCCAUCAGCAGGAUGUAGGUUUGCUUUCCCACCUGCCUGCUCUCAAAAUGAAGGUGUUGCUGCCUUGGUCAUUGAGCUGCGGUCACUGCCUCUUACCACACAGGCUGUCACAUCUGCCAAGAGCACCACAAUGGCCAAACACACGUUAGCAAGUCCUGCAGGGCUGAAGACAUCCCACAGGCUGUUCCCUGGGCACGGAUGAGGCAGUGCCAUGCAAGGACAGGACCCGGGGUGGGCUGCAGCUCUCUGGCUGACGGCAGUAUGGCUGGGGAAGGGAUAUAGAAGUCCUGGAGCUGAGCUCCAUGCACCCACCUGCCAACCUGCAAGGUCCUCCAGCAUCAUGCUCACACUGACUGCUUGGUGGAAGGACCGCAGCCAAACCUGUGAGCCCAGUCUGUGCUGCGGGCUUAGUCCCAGAGAGCUCCUCCUUGAACCAUGCAGCCACCUGCACAAGGUCAGGUUCAGAUCAGGACAUUAGCAAAGAGACCCAGCGAGGAGGCUGCUUUCAGAUGGUGCUCCAUGCCCCGUCCCACCCUGAGGAGAGCAUGGGAGCAGGGUUGGGCUCUGGCAGUGAGAGCAGCUUUGCUUCACUUUUUUGUUUUCCCCCAAUAAACAGACGUUUUCACUCAGUUCUAUCUAAAAACCCCCUUGUGUGAUUUUCCUCUCCAUUUUGCCUCUGGUGGGGAAGGCAUGCAGAGUACCCACAUCAGGAUGGCUUCAGAACAGGCUUUGCUUUCUCCUUUUUGUUCUGGGAGAUUUAAUAAAAGGUGAACCCAGAUGCUGGUGGGCAAGUGUUUGUUACAGGAAAGGAGCAGAUGUGCCUGAGCCCAAAGCCCAGCACCUUGCCAGGCUCCCCAUGCCCUGCCAUGGAUAGACUGUGGAUGUGCAGGGAUGUCCCUGGGGGAGGUCACUGGUUGCUUAGUGACUGUCUGAGCCCAUCCUGUUUCUGGGAGCUAGCGAUAGUCUGAGGGUGGGAGGUGCCAUUCAUCACUCCCUGUCACACAGGACCAGGGAUCCAUUGGGGCCGGAGCUGCAGCAGGAGGCUGGGGGGGAGCUGCCCUGCCAGUCCACACAAGGGUUGGGAUGAGAAAACCUUUAAGAAACUCUCAGGGGAGUGGCACUCUGCAAUCCCUCCUGCACCAGGACUGCAGUUCCAGUGAUACCCCCAGGGAUGCUCUUCCCCAGAGGUGCCCACACUCCCCUGAACACACAUCCCUCUUUGAACUCCCACCAUCCUGGGGCACAGCAGUUAUUCUGCCAGCAACACUUUAUGUUCCAGGUUUCCAAAUCAGUCUACCGUGGCCAGUGUGACCAUGAAGGGUCCCCACAGAAGACAACAGCAAGAGCAGAAGGCUUCUGCCUGGAGUAAAAACAGGGGAGAGCUCAGCUGUGUGCCUGGAGAUGCCCACAGACAAAUUAUGUCUGGAAAUGGGGAGAGGAACGCAGGAUUGAAAUUAGAGUGGGUUCAGAGAGAACCCAUCUGUUGAGAGCAUCAGGAAGGAGUCCGGGCACUGCUGCGAUGUAGCAGGCUGAGCUCACAGCAUUUCCUUCAGGCACAAAGAGAAUGGAUGAGACCGCUGAAUUUUAGAUUAAAAUAAUCCAACACACCAUAGGAAAAAAAAAAGGUUUUUAUUGUCACCAUUAUCAACGUUUUCAUUAGCUUAACACUGAAUUGUAAAUCACUCGAUCAUCACAUAUCGUCUGAA